AUGUCCUGUACCUGCUGCACAGAGCCGCCAAGAUCGGCAAGUAAUCUACCUAGUCAUCCUUUCUAUGUUCACACAUCUACGGUGUUUGACUCCCUCACCUGCCAGUUUCUGACCGAUGUCUCGUUCAAAGUGGACGCAACUACUGGUUUGAUAACUCAAGUUCUACGCGCAGAGAAUAAUCUGCAAGUUUCCGCUUCCGACAUUGACCUCAGAGGCAAGAUCGUCAUGCCUGGGUUCGUGGACGCACACACUCAUAUUUUUCUUCACUCGUACGACGAAGCCGACAACGCUAAGCAGAAGCGGGACGAGAGCUUUGUGGAGAGGGUUAUUCGGGCCACCAACCACUGCAGAACAGCGCUCAUGGCCGGGUAUACCACUUACAGAGACCUAGGAUCGGAGGGAAUGCAGGAGGCGGACGCAAAUUUUAGAGACGCCGUCAAUAGAGGCAUUGCCGUCGGUCCACGGCUGUUUGUCGCGACAAAGGUCCUGGCGUCGGUUGCCGGCGUCAAGACGCAUACAGAGAACACAAUUGGCGGUACACGGCUGCCAGUGACCAGUGAAGAGUGCGAUGGCGAGGAUGAAAUUAGAAAAGCCGUGAGACGGCGUAUUGGGCUUGGCUGUGACGUGAUCAAAUUCUUUGCGGACUACCGCAAGCGUAUCAUGCGUUAUCCGCCGGCCGUGCCGCACCCAUACGUGUCGUCAGUGUUGUUUCCACCGGAGAAUCCCAACCCGGAUGUAGUCCUCUACACGCAGAAGGAGAUGAACGUUAUUUGCGAAGAGGCACGAAACGCUAAUUGUCCAGUGGCAGCGCACUGUGCAACUAACAGAGCAGCGAAGAUGGCUGCUAGGGCCGGUGCAGACACGAUUGAGCACGGGUUCUGGUGCGACACAGACACUCUUGAAGUGCUCAAGGCAAACGGGUGCAUCUUAGUGCCGACUCUGACCAUUGCAGAACGGCUGUAUGGACCACGCUUUGCAGGUCUACUUGCCAAGACACAUCAGGCCUGGAAAAUGGGCUUGAUUCAGGCGUGCGGUGGCGACACAGGAACCUUCAACCACGGAGAAAACGUGCGAGAGGCAGAGCUUUUUUUAGAAGCAGGCAUCCCGCUCGAAGACACUUUGAGGUCACUGACGUAUCACGGCUGGUUGGCUUGUGGUGGCGAUCUGUGCGGGAGAAAAUUUGGCUGGCUGGCAGAGGGCACUGCCGCCGACAUGGUGGCUCUUGAAAAGGACCCCCGGGAGGACGUCACAGCCCUCCGGCAUGUGUCCUUUGUGAUGAAAGAUGGCCGUGUGUACAAGAAAGAUGGAAAGCAAACAUUUAAUUAA